AUGUCUCUAGCAAUCAGAAAGAAAAGCUGGGAAGAGCAUGUGACACAGUGGAUGGGAUUGGCUUCGGAGUCUGUGGAGUAUAAUACAGCAUGUCGUCAUGGACUUGUAGCUGAUAACUUGCAGACAAGUAUGGAAAAUGAUGAGAUUUCAAGCGUGGACCGGAAAGAAAAAUGUGCUUCAUUUCCAGAGUGCUGCUAUAGUGGAGAGCUGACUGGAUUCCCUGAAAAGCAGCUGGGAAAUGUUUCAAAGGAAGUGGAUGAAAAUGAUAACCAUGAGGAUGAGAAGCAUUUUUUGGAGGCCAGCACAGAAACUCUAGUCCAUGUGUCUGAUGAUGAUGAUGAUGAGGAUGAUGAUGACGAUGAUGACGAUGAUGACUAUUCAGCAGUCAACCUGGAUAGUGUUAAUUACCACAUCACUGCUGUAGGAAACAAGCCAAAAGAUGAAGGGAAGAGCUUAAAUGGAGCAGGCUCCUUAACACAGAUGGUACCAACAGCAGAGGCAGCUGAAUCAUCUGGAAUAACUGAGGUUGUAAGUGAGGAACCUGGCUGUGACCCAGUCCUUAAAGAGGAGCUGAAAACAGAAGAUAUUUGUGGCAAUAUUGGCCAAAGCCUAAAUCUUUGUAAUUAUGAAAGCUUAAAUGAAUUAGUAGAUGUAGAGAAAGAAAAUUGUUUUAAUUCUCCAAAUGUGAAAGAAAUUAUGAUGCCUGAGAAACAGCUGCUUCAUACUGCUGUAAUUGCCCAACAGCGCCGGAAAUCUGAUGCUUUCAAAGACGGGCUUGGAAAGUCUGAGUGCAACGUGGUAGAGAGUGGGAUUUCUUCUGAAUCAUGUUCCAGCAGUGAUAGACAGCUCCGUCCAGCAGUGGAAUCCAACAACUGCCUUAUGCAAUUUUCUCCUUGCUCAUGCAUCCCGGCAGUGGAAAAUGGUCUGGAUGAAAGUAGUUUUACAGAACCUCAAGUGACCCCUGAAAACAAAUGCCUUUCAAAUUUCAGUUCAGCAGAAGAUAUUCAUUCUUUAGAUGUAAGGAGUCCUUUGACCACACAAGAAUAUUCAGACAGCCAAGUGAAACUGCGCAAAAGAAAG